AUGAGGUUGUCUUCAUUGCUUGGGCCCGCGACGGCCGGCUGGCCUUCGCUUCUUGCUCUCUUACCGACUCUCCACGCCCUGUCAUUCGAGUCAGUCUCUGUUCCGGAACUGGAUCUGACCUCGCUGGGACGGGUUUCAAUCACUGGUGAUUUCGACGGCGUCUCUCUUUACCAGUACAAGGGACAGACCGAAUCAAUUUCCACAAAUGGCACUCAAGCUCUCUUAACCCCGCUCCCGAACGGCAUCCUGACCAACCUUUCGUCCUCCGAUGCGCAAAUAAUGGCAAUGUGCCCCUUUACCAAAAAAGAUGGAACUUUUGCAGGGAUAUUUGUCGGUGGCAACUUCACCAGCCUGGGUGGAGUCGAUUCGCCAGGUGCUGCUCUGUUUAACCCGAAUACCAGAAAGGUUACUCCCUUGCCAGGCCUUUCGGGCACGGUAGCAGCCGUGUCUUGCGAUGGGGAGAAUGAUCGUGUCUAUGUUGGAGGGAAAUUCUCAUACGAUAACACGACGAAUGCUGUUGCCUGGACGCCUGGCGAGGGUUGGAAGGAACUGCCGUUCAAUGGCUUGAAUGGCCCAGUCAGCUCGAUCUUGAAGGCCGACAAUGGCCAUAUCAUCUUCGGAGGAUCCUUCGAUGCCCUGGGAAACAAGGCCAGCUCGAAAAACGAGAGACAAGUCCUUAACCUUCAAAAUGCGACCGUCACGUCCGAUGCAGACAGCCCUCUGGAUGGUUACUCUGACCCUCGUAACAUCAUCUGUUCAACAAGCGGAGAGGCUGCCCAAGGAAGCACCUACCUUCUUCAUGACUAUGCGCCGGGAUUUUGGAGAGCAGACCUCGGAUUUGACUUCUUCCCGACCAAAAUUCGUCUUUACAACACUCAUUUGGAUGGACGCGGCACUAAGGCCUUUUUGCUCCGAGCACUCCCUGAUAACGGUAUCAUGAAUCUAACUUACACCGACGAGUCAGGCAAGAAGGCCAGUUGUGAGCAGCACUGCCCGCUUUCUAGCGAUCCCAGUGAGAAGUACCGGGAAUUCACCAUGGUCAAUCCCGUCGGUAUGCGGGGACUUCAGAUCGAAAUCCUUGAUUGGUACGGACAAGGAGCUGGCUUGAAUGGCAUUGAGAUCUUCCAGGAUCAAAUCUUGACAUACGCUAUCGAUCAAUACAAUGAACCGACUUGCGCCGGCAUCGAAUACCCCGCCAAGUCAUCACACACCGGCCCAUGGACCAUCGAGGACGGCUAUAUCUCUGCAAAGGUGACUGACUCCGAUGCCUCAACCACAGCCGUGACUUUCGAACCGGAUCUCAAGAAAUCUGGCAUCUACAAUAUCAAAGUAUACACGCCCGGCUGCGUCCAGGAUAACACUUGUGACUCACGGGGCACUGUCAAUGUCACGGCCAUCCUUUCGAAUGACUCUGACGCUGAGCACUCUGUUUCGUCACUUGUCGCCCAAACCAAUAACGAUGAUAAGUAUGAUACAGUUUAUACUGGUUACAUUGACGCCAACAGUGACUCCUUCCGACCCCAGGUUACUCUGCGUGCCAAGGACGGUCAAGGAGAUCUCACCAUUGUGGCCUCGCGUGUCCGCUUUCAAUUGCUGUCUAGCACUGGUGGUCUCAAUGGACUCUUCGACUAUGAUCCAACUUCCGCCUCUAAGACCACGGAUCUCACAAAGUCCGACAUCAACAAAGCGGGGACUUCAUUGAAUCACAAUGCCACAAUCUCCACAAUGAAGGAGCAUGAUGAUGUGAUCUAUGUUGCGGGCAAUUUCUCCCAUCACGAGAUUCACAACAUUGCGUCGAUUAAGGAGGGCGAUGUCACAGCAAUGCCCGGCUCUGGCUUGAACUCUCCAGUUUUGGCAAUGGCCAUCCUUGACGAUGUCCUGUACGUUGGAGGUCAUUUCACCGACACAUCUGAUGGAGGUGCGGAUGGUCUCGAACAUGUUGCAGCAUACUCACUUUCUUCCAAGAAGUGGUCGACCCUGGGGGCAGGACUUAACGGUCCUGUCAACUCAAUCUGGCCCAUGGAACUAAACGUAUCAUCUGCUAUCAACGAGACCAUCGUCGCAGUGAGCGGAGACUUUGAUCAGAUCGUUGCAUCCGACGGGAAACCAGCAGUAUCUGUUGCUGGUUUUGCCAUCUGGGUCCCCUCCCACGAGGACUGGCUCCAGAAGCUCAAUAUCACACAGAUGCAGUUUGGUGGUCAGCUGUCGACCGUGGCUUCGCACAACAACACACUCAUAAUGGCCGGUAACCUUGCCACCAAUGGUAUCACCGCGGGUGGUGCGGUUUCCCUAAUAGACGCCGAUGAUCUGCAACUCAUUCCUCUGUCAAUGAAGGUCAACCACAAGAACCCGAGCACCGGCCUACUCACCGGUGCCUACGAUACUGAAUCGGACCGUAACCUCACUAUCUACGGUGGUCACUUCGCAGCCGUUGGCAGCAAUGGAUCGAUGAUUACGAAUAUUGCUAUCCUAAACGGUACCGACGAGACCAUCUCAGGUCUGCCGCAAGGUGUUGACAGUAACGCAACAAUUGUGUCAAUGCUCGUACACAACGACACCCUCUACGCCGGUGGUAACAUCACCGGCACAAUUGGCCAUGCGACACUGGGUGGCCUGAUAGUCUUUGACCUGAACGAGAAUGAGUUCUCAAAGUCCCAACCGAAAUUUUCUGGCCCAGACGUUGCAGUCAAUGCUAUCGUCAAUCGACCGGGCUCAUCUGAUGUCUACUUCGGAGGAAACUUUGAGGGUGUCGGACAGUUCCCGUGUCAAACUGUUUGUUACAUGGAUUCCACCACCGGCGACUGGACUCGGCCCGGCACGUCCCUAAGUGGCACCGUCAUCGAACUCAAAUGGACGAGUCAACACCGAUUGAUGGCUAUUGGUGACCUCCAGAUCGGUGGCAAGCAGGCUUCGAUUGCCACCUACAGUGUGAAAUCGGACAAAUGGACCGCUUUCUCAGGCGCAUCCCAGUCGGACAUCCCCGGAAAUGUCACUGCGUUCACUCCCGCUAGUGAAGACACUUCGAAGUUCUGGCUCGCAGGUACCGCCGCCAAUGGCUCGGCCUUCUUCAUGAGCUACGAUGGCUCCAACUUCGAAUCGCCUGCAAAUCUAUUCUCCGAGGGCACGGUCAUUCGUGGCCUAGAAGUUCUUCCUGUUCGCCAGGAUCAUGACGAGGCCGAUUUGUUGCGUAACGACCAGACUUUGUUGAUCUUGGGUUCCCUUGUGAUCCCUGAGUUUGGGCACGCAUCUGCGGCGCUCUACAACGGAACUGAUGUCACACCCUUCAUCCUUUCCCAGCACGCCAAUGGCCAACCAGGCAGCAUGUCAAUGUUCAUCUCCGAGAACAAGAACACCUACACCAAAAAGACAAAACAUCACUCCAAUGGCAUCGCAGUCUUGGUAGCCUUCUGCUGUGCUCUUGGCUCCGUCUUCCUCAUUGUCCUCGCAGGUGUCAUCCUGAAUAAGGUGCAACGCCGCCGCCAGGGCUAUGCAGCGGCUCCCCAAACAUUUGGCACUGACCGACCCUCCGACAUGCAGCGCCUGCCUCCCGAGUACCUGUUCAACUCCUUGGGCCAGACCAACCCCACUGCCCCUGCCAUUUAA